UUAAUGCCAGGCCUAAGUACUCGCACCCAGAGAAAUGUUUUUGUCAAUGACAGACGUCUAGCAGACGUUAGUUAGGUAAUGUCAUGGCUUUGGUCAAGCAAAGUUGUUUUAUUGCGGGUCGUUUCUCCAACAACAACCGGUGGUUGAGUCCCAAAUGCAACACACGUGUGUACUCCGCCAGCGGACUGACCACAGCGGUCAGGUCAUCCCAGGUACAGGCACAGAAAGACCGCAAGAAGGAGCUGGUCCAUGACGGGCCCGACCUCCAGGACUUUAUAUCCGGAGAGCUGUCUGAGAAGAACAAUUGGGAAGAGUACAGGGGUAACCUGAAGAGACAGAAGGGAGAGAGGCUGAGACUUCCCCCCUGGCUGAAAACAGAGAUUCCUAUUGGCAGGAACUACAACAAGCUGAAGAACACACUGAGAGACCUCAACCUACACACUGUGUGUGAGGAGGCCAGGUGUCCCAACAUCGGGGAGUGUUGGGGAGGAGGGGAACAUGGCACAGCCACAGCAACCAUCAUGUUGAUGGGGGACACAUGUACCCGCGGCUGCAGGUUCUGCUCUGUGAAGACAGCUCGUCAGCCCUCUCCCCUGGACCCAGAUGAGCCCUACAACACGGCCAAGGCCAUCGCUGCCUGGGGACUGGACUAUGUGGUGCUGACCUCUGUAGACAGAGACGAUAUCGCUGACGGAGGGGCGGAGCACUUUGCCAAGACCGUCUCCAACCUGAAGGAGAGGAACUCUCAGAUCAUGGUGGAAUGUCUGACCCCUGAUUUCCGUGGCGACCUGGCAGCGGUGGAGAAGAUCGCCCAAUCAGGGCUGGACGUUUACGCCCACAAUGUGGAGACAGUCCGCGAGUUGCAGAGACAUGUGCGGGAUCCGCGGGCGAACAUCGACCAAUCCCUGAACGUUCUGCGUCACGCCAAGUCCGUCAAACCAGAUGUUCUCACCAAGACCUCCAUCAUGUUGGGUCUGGGAGAGACGGACCGCCAGGUCUAUAACACACUGACAGAGCUCAGAGAGGCAGGAGUGGAUUGUCUAACACUGGGACAGUACAUGCAACCCACCAAACGCCACCUCAAGGUAGAGGAGUAUGUAACCCCAGAGAGGUUUGGUCACUGGGAGGAGGUGGGGAAGGAGAUGGGAUUCGUCUACACAGCCAGUGGACCCUUAGUACGCUCCUCAUACAAAGCAGGUGAGUUCUUCCUGAAGAAUUUGUUAGAGAAGAGAAAGGCAGCAGCGGAAUAAUCUGAUCACCUGGACUCACCUUUACCUGAACGCUGACCUGACAUCAUCUCCUUUAGAGUCCUCUGUCCCACCAUAAAGCUAUUCUAGAUGCACUGUAUUACAUUAUAAUAUACUACAAUAUAAAGUUCCUCCGAUCCAGAAUAGGAGCUACUACAGGACUCUGUUCAUGUUGAUGUCUCGUUCUGUACAUUAUAACCAGUGAUGUAGUGGGGGGGAAAUGCCUGGGAAGAUAAGGGGGGGGGUCGACCCACCACUGGCUAUAGAUAUAUGAUUCAUAUCCACACAGGCAACCUGAGGUGACCACUCAACGUCGGGUGGGGGACUGAUUUAAGUGCGACACCCAUGGUGUGUGCAAAGGGAAGGAAGGUGUUGAGGGGUUUCAGUGGUUGUUGGAAUGGCAGUCUCAAAUGGCAUCCUAUUCACUACAAGUAGUCCACUAUUAUAGGGAAUAGGGGGCCAAUAGUCCACUAUAUAGGGAAUAGGGGGCCAAUAGUCCACUAUUAUAGGGAAUAGGGGGCCAAUAGUCCACUAUAUAGGGAAUAGGGGGCCAUUUUGAGACGAAGCCAGACAACACAAUAAUUAGAUUAUUGACGUGAUGCUCAGAUGAGAGAGAGAACGACUGAGGGGUUUGAAACGUGAUCGAUGUGGACAACAUAAUUCAACAGUGUUGUUUUAUAAUAACUCACGGUCGUACAUUAAAACAUGAUUUACCAAUCCAA